CUACUACUACUACUCGUCAUACUAUAAAAACAAUUAAGUGUAAGAAGCUUUUAAAGAAUUUUGUGGGUGAUUUGCAGUAUUGUAUUAAACUAUGUCGGUUUAGUAAAACUGAAAGUACUACAUUUCUAUAAAGUGAUACGAUACUUUUUCAGUUAUAAAAUUUCUAACUCAUUGUUCUUUGUUUUGGAUUGGACCGGUUUGAAGUUGUUUACAUUAUGGAAUUGUAUUUGCUAAAAUGUUAUCGACAAAAUUAUUUCUUCAAGACUAUUUGAUUGCAGUUUAUAGUUAAUUGUGUAAAAGACUACCUGCAUUUAUUAAAAAAUAAAGGAGUGGACCAAUUUUGUAUGUAUGUCCUACAUAGAGUUGCCAACUUGGAUUUAGAUAACCAGCACGAUCAUUAAGUUAAUUUUACAAACAAAGAGUGGGAAAAGUCGUGCAGAGAGUGGGAAAAGUCGUGAUACAGCCGGGACAACUCUAGUUUUUCAACUGUUGCUGAAAAUGAUGGACGAAAAGGAUCAGGACAUAAAAAGCCCAAUGAAGCGAGUGGGAUCUACGAGAAAGAUCGUAAUGUUUAGCAGUAUCCGACAACAGUUAAAUGAACAACUUAGAUGUUUAGAUAUUAGAGUGGAGUCCCAAAUUGGAUUAAUUCAAGAAAUACAGGAUUUCUUUCGACGUCGGGGCGAACUGGAGCUCGACUACAGUAAAAGUCUAGAAAAAUUUGCUCGAGGUUUACUUUUAAAGCAGAAACAGAAAAGAGAUCACUGGCCAAUAUUUUCAACUUUUGCUUGCUGGCAACAUUUAUUAAAAGAAACUCAAUCUUUGUCAAAAGAUCAUGCCAUAUUAGCAGAUUUGUAUUCGACAAGUAUUGUUGCUAGCUUACAGACAACCAUUGAAGAUGUUCAGCGGAUAUAUAAAAAGUGCAAAUUGAUAGGAUAUGAGAUUCACGAGGAUAUACAACGUCUCUUACAAGAACUGCAUAUGACAAUGAAAACGUAUCAAAGAUAUGAGAGUGAAUGUGUUACAGCAAAGUUAAAGUUAGUUACAGCAGAAGCACAAAGGAAGAAACUAGAACAAACAAUUGCAAAAGAAAAGUUAGAGCGCAACAAGAAAUAUAAACUUACAGAGAGAGAAAUUGUCAAAAGAGAUACAAAAUAUAAAGAUGCAAGACUGAAAGCCCUAAAAGCAAAAACUGAAUACCAAUUAUGUUUAGAGGCGUCAAAUACUACUAUACAUAAAUAUUUUGUGGAAGACCUGUGUGAUCUGAUAGAUUGUAUGGAUCUCGGUUUCGGAUCAAUGAUUUCAAAAGCUAUUCUUAUGCAUGUGUCGGCAGAUCAGGGUCGAUCAAGAUCAAUCCUUCAGCAAGCCGAUAACCUCUCUCACCUAAUUCAUUCUAUAGAUUGUCGUGCAGAUAAGCAAAAAUUUUUAGAACAUCAUCAUGCUGCGUUUAUGAUUCCCAAGCGCUUAGAACUGCAGUGCCAAUAUGACCAGCCUGAUAGUAUUGAAAUGGAAAUAAAGAAGGAAUUACAUUUGGAUAUGGAGCAACGAUUGGAAACAUUGGGUCAAAGAUUACGAGAUCUCCGCAUAGAGUGCGAUGAAGUUUGGAAGUCCCUUGAGACAGCAGAAACCAAACUUCUUGAACACUACAAUAACAAAGAUAAUGACACGAGCGAUAUUUUCACCGAAGCUAAACAGUAUAUAUGUAAACCACCUAUAACGCCUAAAUUAAAAGCGGAGAAACAGGACAUUGAAGAUUAUUACAUAACGAAAAUUCGAGAAUACAUAAGCGGAACGUCCCGAAUAGCUCGCUUAAGUGCAAAGGCUGAAUUUUUACGAAAUGUUUUAGCCAAGGAUAACAAGGAUAUACCUUCUCACACAAAAGGAAUUAUAUCAGCUCGCAAACGAAUCGGACGCGUAAAUAUUUCUGGGCAACCUAAAUUAUUUGGCGGUUCCUUGGAGGAAUAUUUGGAAUUCACUGGAGAAGAAGUGCCCCUCGUAAUGCGGAGCUGUAUUCGUGUUAUUAAUCUAUACGGAUUACAUCACCAGGGAAUCUUCAGAGUUUCGGGCUCCCAGGUGGAAAUUUCAAACUUCCGUGAAGCUUUUGAAAGAGGCGAAGAUCCACUUGCCGAUACGAAUGAUGCAUCUGACAUUAAUUCAGUUGCAGGAGUUUUAAAGUUAUACUUAAGAGAAUUGAGGGAGCCAUUGUUUCCUAUAGUGUAUUUUGAACAUUUUGUGUCUAUAGCAGGAAUCAACACAAAGGAGGAUAUAAUAGCAGCUAUAAGGAAUUUUCUAAGCAACCUUUCUCCAACAGUUUUAGUUGUUAUUCGCUAUCUGUUCGCAUUUUUAAAUCACUUGUCAGAAUACGCUGAUGAAAAUAUGAUGGAUGCUUUUAAUUUGGCGAUCUGUUUUGGUCCGACACUCAUGCCUGCGCCAGAGGAUAGGGACCAAGUGCAGUACCAAAAUCAGAUAAAUGAGCUUGUUAAGUGUAUGAUACUUUACCACGAUGAUAUUUUUCCACCAGAUUUAGUGGGUUUGGAGUAUGAAAAAUAUAUAUCCCACGAACCUUUCAUGGAUAUUUUUGUCGGUGAAUCACCAGUUGAUAAUGUGACCGAAGACCCAGACUCAGAAAUUUGUCCUUCCGAAGAUGAAUCGGAAACUCUGGAGGCAACGGUGCAGUUCGAUUUUAAAGCAAGGUCUCUCCGUGAAUUGUCCAUUCGCAAAGGAGAUAUUGUGAUUUUGAGAAAACAAGUAUCUAAUGAUUGGUGGCAUGGGACGUUAAAUGGAAGGGAGGGUUUAAUACCCGACAAAUAUAUAUCGCUCAGAAUUAAAGGGGAGGAGAGAGACAAAGUCUGCAUGGAUCAAUACACUCAUAGGGAUAUUAACACUGAAAAUGAAUCGACUGUCGAAAGCCGAAUAGAUAACGCGAAGGAUGAUUGUCAUAUAUGCAUUGAGUCUGAAAUUGAGUUGAUUCCGAAUAAUUUAAGAAACGAAACAUUUUACGAAGAUAAUUCUCAAAAUUCCUACGAAAAACUUGAGGAAGAAGAGAUGGCACACAACUAUGAAAAGUUAGAGAAUUCGCCGUCCCAGGAAUCAAAGCAUCACUGUCUUCCUGAAUCCAAAUCCACAAUGCAUAUCAAAAGCAGUCACAACACCACCGAGACCACCGAUAUAAAAGAUAAUUCAGUUCCUUGUGCGCUUCACUGUGCAAAUGCUAACGACGACAAUUCUCAACCUUCAGCAGAAUUGGACCAUUCAAACAAAGUUGAUACUGCUGAAGAGGAACUAAAAAGCUUGAGUGAAUUUCAAAAAAAUAAAUUUCUAUGGGAAGUAAGAUCUCGGCGGGGCACAUCCAAGGAAGCCUUUUAUAACUUGCCAUAUGAAAAGAAGCACAUUGCACCGGAUCUAGUUAUGGAUUUACCAGUGUCAAAAAAUAAAAUUUUUGAAUAUGUUUCCCAAAAUGCGGAUCCUGAGGAUACUGAUGAUACAGCGUUAGUGAAGGGAAAUAUGACAACCUUUAAAAGGCCCGAACAUACGACAUCUUCAAAGAAGAAGAAUUGCAAUGAGGAUUGCAAAGCAGCUUGUGUCCCGUCACCUGCACCAGUUAAGGAAGAUUUAUAUGCCAAUGUUAGUGCUUCCUCGGCGUCGGCGGGUGGAUUUGUUUUAGAUUGCGAACAGAACGAUUUAAAAAAGCUAGAAACGAACACAAACAAUAUAGAGUAAAUAGUACUGCUAAUGUAAUCUUCAAGUACCCUAAUCUAUUUUUUUUAAUUUCUUUGUAAUUCAUAGCAAUUAACCAUAAUAUAUGUAUGUAUAAAAAAAUAUAUAAA